AUGACCCUACACAUCCACGCCUUUCCAAAAUUUCUUCAUUCUAAUUCCACAAGUCACACCUGGCCAUUCAGUGCCAUAGCUGAAUUGAUUGGUGACCUUAAGCCAUUUUUGUGUACUGAUAAUGCUUAUGAUCCAGAUGUUCAUGCCAGACAGAUCUGGAUAGACUGGACAUGCAUCAAAAGCCUGGACUGCAUUUCAUUUAUGGACAAUGGGGUGGGUUUGACCAGGGCCAAACUUCACAAGAUGCUCAGCUUUGGUUUCAGUGAGAAGAGAGCUGCAAGAGGUCACAUUCCAGCUGGCGUGUAUGGCAGUGGGUUUAAAUCAGGGUCCAUGCGUUUGGGCAAAGAUAACAUUGUUUUCACCAAGACCAGAGACAGCAUGAGUGUGGGUCUACUCUCCCAGUCUUACCUCAAGGCCAUCGGAGCCCAGUGAGUCAUGAUGCCCAUCAUCACGUUUAGACACCAUGGAGAAAACCAAGUGGAAGAUGGAGCCAGGCUGAGGGCGAUGCUCACACACUCUCUCCUUAGCUCGGAGAAAUAGCUGUUUGCUGAACUCCGCACCAUCAGCGCUGCUGGAACCACAGGAACACGCAUCAUCAUCUGGAAACUGUGCACGACCACAAAUGGUGACACUGAAUUUGACUUUGACAUUGAUAAAUACGACAUAAUGAUCAGAGAACACAUCAGUGAAAAGAGUAAUGGUGGCCUCAGCAUGACCCCAGAGAGUGAGUACUCAUUACGGGCAUACUGUAUCAUCUUAUACCUGAAGCCUUGCAUUCAAAUCAUAAUUUGCAGACAGAGAGUGAAGAGCCAGCUGAUAUCAAAAAGCCUGGCUCAUAUUGCGUAAGACAACUACAGGCCAUCAUUCCUUAACAAGAGUAUAUGAAUCACUUUUGGAUAUAACACCAAAAGUAAAGAGCAUUAUGGGAUUAUGAUGUACCAGGUUAAUAAAGGUGUGGGAGUCAUCGGUGUAAUAGAGUGCAAUUUUCUCCAACCUACUCACAACAAACAGGACUUUAAUGACACUGAUGAGUACAGGAAGACCACGCACAACCUCAGUAUAAAGCUGGAGGAGUACUGGAAUGAAAUUCACUGCAAACCAAAGAAAUAG